CGUUUUGGAAUAUGUGUCUUACUGUUCAAUACAAUGGGAUUUGUGAAUAGUGAUAUGUAUACAGCAUUGGUUGAUCUUGAAGGAUUAUUAGAAACAGAGGCUGUACUCCUCAGGGAACUGGACAAUCACAUAGCUGCAACAGAGCGUCAGCUGUCACAACUCAGAAGACUUGCAGCCGAAUACAACAGAGAACACAGUGAGGCGACUUAUGAUGUGGAAGCCUACAUUCAGAACCCAAUCAACGCAUAUCGGCUGAUCAAACGACUCAGCGUCGACUGGAACAUGUGGAAUCGCUGAUGGUCGGGUGGCGGUUGGAUGAAAGGGGCGGUUGAAGUUUCCUUCGGAGGCGGAUGUGGUGGGGGCGGUGACGGCUCUGUUGCGACUGCAGGACACCUAUCAGCUGGACACCGCCUCCCUGGCCCGGGGGCAGAUCAAUGGAGUCCAGUACACCACUCACCUAACAUCUGACGACUGUUUUCACAUAGGUAGACUUUCGUGUAACAAUCGUGAUCACUACCACACGGUGCUAUGGAUGUCUGAAGCCCUCAAAAGAUAUCAAGAAGAUAAUGUCGAACGAUAUCAUUUCGAGGAUAACAUCAAACUAUAUCAUCACGAGGAUAACGUCAGACGAUAUCAUCACGAGGAUAACGACAGACUAAGGGAGAUACUAGAGUGCCUGUCAUACUCUACUUAUAAACAGGGUAACGUGCAAUCUGCAUUGCAGUUGAAUGAUCAACUGCUGAAUAUUGAUCGCAAUGAUCUAUUCGCCCUGAGUAACCGCACCAUCUACCUGGCAGACAUCGAAAAAGGGACUGAACAAGUUGUUGAAAAUCGGCUAGAUGAUGACACAGAACUCUACUAUCAGCUGUGUCGCAACGCACUCUCUCCCUCUCCGAAAGUACUGUCUAAACUGAAGUGUCAAUAUGUUCACAGGAACCAACCGUUCCUCAGGAUCGCGCCGUUAAAAGAGGAGGAAGCCUAUCUCGACCCGAGGAUAGUUUUGUAUCGUGACGUCAUCUACGAUGGGGAGAUGGAAAUCAUCAAGAAAUUGGCGUCCCCUUGGUUGCGACGGGCCACUGUCAUAAAUCCUGAGACAGGCGAGGACGAGGCAGCCAGCUAUCGGAUCAGCAAGUCAACAGCUCUGUAUGUCACCGAUCACCCAUCCAUCAAGCGACUGCACCGGCGUAUCGAGAUGAUGACCUCACUCACCAUGGCCUACUCUCCACAUCUACAUGUUGCCAACUAUGGCAUUGGGGGACACUACGAACCACAUUGGGACUUCGCCAUAGGACCACACAGGGACAUAGUGACUUACGAGGGGAACAUCACGGAUGGCAAUAGAGUGGCAACGGUGUUGUCCUACAUGAGUGACGUCACACAGGGUGGGGCCACAGUGUUCCCAUACCUGAAUGUGAGCGUUCAGCCGGAGAAGGGAACAGCGGUGGUCUGGUAUAAUAUGCACCUGAGUGGAGAAGGAGACUUGGCAACUAUGCAUGCCGCCUGUCCAGUCCUCGUCGGGUCCAAGUGGGUCACCAAUAAGUGGGUGAACGAACGCGGUCAGGAGUUCAGACGGCCGUGUGCGCUGAGCAGACAGACUCGACAUUCGACAAGCUGGUACAGCUGAACAGAGACACCAUUAUCAUCAGACAGUUUUGUUAAGACUGUUCAGUACACCUUUUUAUUUUUAUUCAAAUUGGAUAAUCUUUUCCAAUAUAAUUGUAAAGAUCAUUAUAAGAGUGAGAAAAAGUGGCAACUGACAUUUUUGAGUGGUCUAA